UGGUUCUUUAAAGCCUGUUGUGUCUUUGUUUUUAGUGGUUGCUAUGGAGCUUCUCUCCAUAGCAACAAUCUCCCCAUGAUGCCGCCGGACGGGUGGUCACGUGAUGCGGUAAUGACGCCGGCGCGACGUGAUGACGUCAUUUUGACGCACGUAUUGACGUCGGCGGAACCCGCGGGAGACCCGGUCUGA